AUGCCUCACCGCGUCGCAAACUUCCUGCGCACCUCGACGCAUACCCUCGAGGCCCAACUCGCCGCUGGAUUCAAGCGCCAAAAAAGUCCCCCACAAACUCCCAGGCAUUCCAGGAGCGCAUCCCCUUCUUACGCAUCAUCUAUCAACGAGGAGGCAGAAGAUUCGGGCGUCAUGACUCCAGAAAGGCACGAGUCGUCGUCUGAGGGGCACCAUCACCACAGACUAUCCCUCAACGGUCUUGGUCAGCUCAUCCGCGGAACCAAGGACCUGCACAUCCACCAGCACCCCAACCAAGCUGCUACUUUGGACCUCAAAGUUGAAUCGCCACCCCUGGUCCUCUACGGAGAUGCAUCAACCAGCACCGGUGCCUUGUUUUCAGGCUCGAUGCAUAUGGAACUAAAGGAGGAUGUGCCCGUUGAGUCCUUCACGGGCACCCUCAGGAUACAUGUCACCCAGAAACGCCCCUUUACUGCGCAUUGUCACGACUGUACACAUCAGUACACGGAGCUUCAAAGCUGGUCUUUUCUCAAGGCACCGCUAAUGCUGACAAAGGGGUCACACUAUUUCCCUUUUUCUUUCUUACUUGGCGGUCACCUCCCCGCUACUAUGGACGGACCGUUGGUAAACAUCGCAUACGAAUUCCACGCCGAAGCCACUCCUGGCCCAGGCCACGGCCCCGGCAUCAAGUUUGACAAAAAUAUCGAGGUCAAACGUUCCCAGCCCGAAGCAGACGUGCCGCAUCACUCGAUACGCGUGUUCCCUCCCAUUGACGUCAAAUCGAGCGCACACUAUCCCCAAGUGAUUCACCCCUUAGGCGUUAAUACGCUGUCGCUCCGCCUGGACGGCAUCGCCAAGUCCAACCCAAAUUGCGGAACAGUAGAGUUCUGGAAGCUUAAAAAGUUAUCGUGGAAGCUUGAGGAAAAGUCAAAAGUCAUUGCGCCCGCCUGUGAGAAGCAUGCACCAAAGGACGAGGCGACCUCGGAAGAUGCCGGUCCAGCAAAGAAGGGCCUGGAGAGGACCGAUAGCAGAAUAAUCGGCGAGCAGACCUACUUCAAGGGCUGGAAGAGCAAUUACUCUUCUGCCGAUGAUGCCACUGUCGAGAUGGAGUUCGACUGGGGUCUGAGCAAGAGGCUCGAGUCAGAAUCGACAAAGUCCAAGAAGCACAAACGAUACGUAUGCGACACCAAGUGCGCAGACGGUACUGAGGUCACGCAUCAGCUUGAGAUUGAGAUGGUGGUGUCUCAAGAGUACGCCCCAGCAAAGAAGCUAGACAUGGUGACACAGACAGGCGUCGGUCGGAUAAUGCGUAUGCACUUCAAUGUCAUCCUCACCGAGCCGGCGGGGUUGGGCAUAAGCUGGGACAACGAAGCCCCGCCCAUAUACUCGAUGGUCCCCGCGUCCCCUCCUGCGUACUGCGGCUCGGAAGGUUCGACCGACGAGCUGGACCUCAGCAACAUCGAAACUCUGCUGGGGGGAUCGUCUCCCACGUCUCCAAUGACUCGCUCGCCGCCAAGCAGUUAUGCAGAGGCUUCAGGCUCAGUCUAA